GGAUUAGUAAGGAGAUGAGGGAUUUGGAGGAGCUGUUCUCGAAGUUGAACCCGAUGGCUGAAGAGUUCGUGCCGACCUCGAUCAUGGAUCGGAGUUACUGCGGCGAAAACGGGGGAAGGGUCGCUAGGGUUUACCUCAAGGGAACAAGGGAUUCUUGGGGUUUUGCUAGAAAGAAGAAGGGCAGGCUUGAUAAUCAAGGGAAGAGAAGGGCUAACAACAGAACUAGUAUGGCACAGAGAGAGGAUGUGAUCAGGAGGACUGUUUAUGUCUCUGACAUUGAUCAUCAGGUUACAGAAGAACAUCUUGCAGCUCUCUUCAUCAACUGUGGGCAGGUUGUUGAUUGUCGUGUGUGUGGUGACCCGAAAUCUGUUCUUCGCUUUGCUUUUAUAGAGUUUACUGAUGAGGAAGGUGCACGGGCUGCUUUAAGUCUGUCAGGAACUAUGCUUGGAUUCUACCCAGUAAAAGUGACGCCUUCUAAAACUGCAAUUGCACCAGUCAACCCAACAUUCUUGCCAAGGUCUGAUGAUGAACGUGAGAUGUGCGUUCGGACUGUUUACUGCACGAACAUUGAUAAGAAGGUUACUCAAGCAGAGCUGAAACUCUUUUUUGAAUCGAUAUGUGGAGAGGUUUAUCGCAUGAGAGUGCUGGGAGACUACCGCCAUCACACUUGCAUUGCAUUUGUUGAAUUUGUAAUGGCUGAUAGUGCAACUGCUGCUCUCAAUUGUAGUGGGGUGGUGGUAGGAUCUUUGCCGAUAAGGGUAAGUCCCUCAAAGACUCCAGUGCGACCUCGUGUACCUCGCCCGCAAAUACAUUGAACCUUUGCAGACUCAUGAAUCGGCUGAUAGAACCGCCGGACCUACAUGCAUAUAACCCCAUCAAGUAAAUGUUUUUGAUAUAGUUAGUUAUGCUGCAGCAUUUUCCUACAGGUCUUCGUAGUUUUUCUUAGCAUAUCGAUAUUACAGGAUUUAUAUCUAUUUAUAGUAAGCUUCCGGAGUGGAAUCUCCUAAACUCGAAAGCGAAUGAUGAUUUUGUAGAAAUUGUUCUGAUGGUAUGGGAAGUGGUCUACAAGGGCUGAAACUGAGUUUAUUUGUCUC